GAACCGUCCAGCCUCAUGCAGAACUCAGAGAAACCACCGAAUGAACCUGCGAGCGCACAGAUGGAAAGGGGUUCCUAUGAUUUGCCGUCACAUGACGCUCUCUCAAAAAUCCUGCCGGAGUAUCUUCACCUCCUCAAAAAGCUUAGAACUCAGACCAGGACAGAAUCUGUACCACAGAAAAAGUCAAAGUCUCAGCUCAACCGAACGUUUGAUGUUCAAUCACCACUCAAAAGUCCACCAAUGCCUGAUUUCGAAGAUGACCCUCAUGCAGGUGAAGUCACUGAACAUCAAACUAAAGAGCUGGAAAACUACCGUGCGGCGAUGCAUAAGAUGGCAGAUGACAUCCUGGCGCUGCGCUCUCAGGUGAGCGCGCUGGAGUCUGAGAACAGUCAGCUGCGGCGGGAUCUGUCUCUGCAUCAGGACCUCACCCUGCUGGACGACACCGACACUGACGUCAUGACCAAGAGCGAGAUUGCUGACCGGAUCGAUGCAGAGGAGCUCAAGAGGAGAGAGAUCGAGCCUGUGCUGGCGGCAGAAAACUCUCGACUCAGAGAAGAGCUGCAAAGACUGCGUAAUCUCCCACCACCUGUUAUCAUUCAGCAGCCUGUGCAGACCCAUCAGCCUUUCUCAGACAGUGAGAAGCUGGAGUUAUUGACACAGCUGGCGAGAGCCGAGGGUCGAAUCCAGACACUGGAACAACAGGUUUGA